UAUCGAGCUGCUCGACGAGGACACGACUGUCCAGUCCUCCGACAUUCCUCGCACCUCCCUCCCCACUCAUGCCACUCCUCUCGCUAUCCAUGCCAAUCGUCUCUCGGUCAUACGUUCAACACUUUGCUUUCCCCGUCCCUCCGCGCCUCCGCCCCGCCGCCCAUCUGCCCCUCAUCGCCGCUCCUCUGCUCCACUCUGCUCUACAUGUGCCAUCUUCUAGUUGGACGGCCAUGGAACACGGCCCUAUUCCCCUCCCCACUGGUUCUGCCGCCGCCCGAUCUCGCGUGCAGCUCGGCGAUGCGCCUCUCAAGUGUAACAGACCAGAGAGGAACGGCGACCGACUCGCGCGCCUUCCGGGCGCUCUACCAGAACCAACCCAAAACAAUCGCGAUACGGGCACGGGGCAAGCACAUCGGGGCACCAUCGGCGCAGGUGACUGGCGUCUCAUAACCACGACGGGCGCCGCCGUUCCUUUAUGCGCGACCUCCCUCUACUUCCGGGGCGGUGUACACAACGUUGCCGCUUCUUCGGCACCCUGCACCACAUGCAUGCUACUGGUGCAAGGCGCAGCUCGAAACCCAAGGAAGGCCGAACCCGGUUUGCGGUUUCCCACGUCUUGUGGCUCCCGUGAUCAACAUGAUGUCGUGCACAGCGCUAGGGGCACCCCCCUCUCGUGUGAAGCGUUUCUCGCGCGUCACAAGGGUGCAGUCCGACAGCGUGCGAUACCAUCUGCCUGGAUGUUGCUGUUAGGCUUGGCGGCGGCCGAUCACGCCCGUCGCUGCUGCUGCCUCGCCUUCUUCGGAUGGCAACUCGGAUACCGUAAGUCAAACCCUCCUGGGAUCGUCGGAGAAAAGCCCGCCACACACAACGAGCGCCACAUCAUCCAUGCAAUCAACUCUCAUUUAGCCUCGGCUAUCCAGUCAUCGUCCACUCAUUGCUGCGGGUACUGGUGCCCCAAUCCACAACCCCACCCUCGCACCUCCCCUAUCAGCGCUUCGUUGCUCCAUCAAGCCUGUGGAUCUAUUUGGCAACCCGGGCGCCCACAGGGAGAUGGCCCUCAAUGCAUGCGGGGUAAAAACAUGACAGUGUUAACACCGAAUCAGGGUGAGGAUAGGGAGAGUGACUACUCACGGCUAAACGACGAUGGAGUGUCGCUUCCUACCUGCCUGCCGCGUUGCCGAACCCUCAAGCUUCUACGCCACCAUCCACAUGUUUUCGUCUUCGCGAUGCUUCCAUUUAUUGUCACUCGUAAGUUCGACCGAGUGAUGCGCGUGAGUGGAGCUGGACAGGGCGUCUUGGGUCCAGGACCUAUCCCGAAUCUCAAUCGCCAAUGUCAGUGGUAAUGUGCUUCAUCCUGGACUCCUCACUCCCCCCUUCUGAUCUCGACGCGUCCUCCAAAUGGAUCUCAUGCAGGUCCUCUCCUUUCGC